CCUCGACUCGACUGGCAGCGAGAAAGAAAAAAACUUCCAUAUAAAGAACUGUCGUGGCCUCGCGCUUGUUCUUUUUCUAUUUCAGUACAGAAGCAACUAGAAGAACAAAGAUGAUUGUCCGACGGGCGUGUUUAAAGACCAGCCAUGUGCUCCGGGCGGUGAGCAGCAGCUUCCGCCGACACAACUCGACGCGGUCGACGGUCGUUCAAUUGCUGAGCAACAUCGGUUCGAAGCGGGAGGUCGAGCAGUAUCUCCGCUACUUCACCUCCGUCGACUCGCAGCAGUUUGCGGUCAUCAAGGUCGGCGGCGCGAUCAUCACGCAGAACCUCGAGGAGCUGGCGUCGUCGCUCGCGUUUCUUAAUCAUGUGGGAUUGUUCCCGAUCGUGCUUCAUGGAACCGGGCCGCAGAUCAACGAGAUCCUCGAGGCAGAGGGCGUCGAGCCUGAUUACAUUGACGGAAUCCGCAUCACCGAUCCAAAGACGAUGAGCGUCGUGCGCCGCUGCUUUUUGGAGCAAAACCUCAAGCUCGUCGAUGCGCUCGAGAAACAAGGCGUGCGCGCAAGACCCAUCACCGGCGGUGUCUUCACGGCGGAGUAUCUCGACAAGGACAAGUACCAGCUGGUUGGCAAGAUCAACAAGGUCGACAAGGCGCCUAUCGAGGCCAGCAUCCGCGCCGGUGCGCUCCCGAUCCUCACCAGUUUGGCCGAAACCGAGGACGGCCAGAUCUUGAACGUCAACGCUGACGUCGCCGCCGGCGAGCUCGCUAGAGUUAUCCAGCCUCUGAAGAUUGUCUAUCUUAACGAGAAGGGCGGUUUGAUGCACGGCGAGACUGGCGAGAAGAUCUCUGUUAUCAACUUGGACGAGGAAUACGAAGGACUGAUGAAGCAGCCCUGGGUCAAGUACGGCACCAAGCUCAAAAUCAAAGAGAUCCACGACCUCCUCAUGCAGCUCCCGCGCUCGUCCUCGGUCGCAAUCAUCUCCACCGGCGACCUGCAGAAAGAGCUCUUCACCGACUCCGGCGCCGGCACCAUGAUCCGCAGAGGAUACAAGCUGCUGACGCGCAACUCUGUCGCCGAGUUCCCCGGCGACUCGCUCGCGUCCACGCUCGCGAAGCAUCCGGUGUUUAAGAACGACGGCGAGGCAGUUAAAGCCUACGUGCGCAAGCUCGAGACCAUCAAGUUCACCGCGUACGCCGACGAGCCGUUCGAGGUCCUCGCGAUCGUCGAGGCGUGCGAGGACGGAAUCCCUCUUCUUGACAAAUUCGUCGCGUCCAGAGAUGGCUGGCAAAACAACGUGACCGAGAACGUGUGGUCGGUCGUGCAGGCCGCGAACCCGUCGCUCAAGUGGACGGCGUUCGAAGACGACGAGCGGUCGUCGUGGUUCUUUGACCGCGCCGAUGGCUCGUUUGUGCAUGACGGCCAGAUCCUGUUUUGGUAUGGCGUCGACUCGCCCGACAAGAUCGCCGAGAUGAUUCGUGAGUUUUCGGCUUCGACAGGUGCCGAGCAGCCCACGAAAUCGUCGUCGUCGCGCAGAUUCCCGGUGCAGCAGAAACGGCUGUACUCAACCGCUCGUCCUAGUCUGCUCUCGUCCGUGCGAUCGCCGCUCGGUGCACAGAGAGGCUACGCGACGACCAGCAAGACCUCAAAAGUCGCGCUGAUUGGCGCGCGCGGAUACACCGGCAAAGCGCUGAUCGACCUGAUCAACGGACACCCGAACCUCGAGCUCGCGUACGUGUCCUCGCGCGAGCUGAACGGCAAGGAUGUGGCCGACUACACCAAGUCGAGCCUGAAGUACUCCAACCUGCAGGCCGAGGACGUCAAGCGGAUCGAGGAAGAAGGCGAGGUUGACGCGUGGGUGAUGGCGCUGCCGAACGGAGUCUGCAAGCCCUUUGUGGCCGCGAUCGAGGCCGUCGAGAGCGGCAAGGGCGUGAUUGUCGAUUUGAGCGCGGACUAUAGGUUUGACAACACGUGGGCGUACGGACUGCCCGAGCUCGGCGACCGCGAGCAGAUUGCGCGGUCGAAGCGGGUCGCGAACCCGGGCUGCUACGCGACGGGGUCGCAGAUCGGACUUGCGCCGCUGGUCCCGUUCGUCGACGGCCAGCCUACGAUCUUUGGCGUGUCGGGAUACUCUGGCGCAGGCACGAAGCCGUCGCCGAAGAACGACAUCAACGUGCUGAGCGACAACCUGAUCCCCUACGCACUCACCGACCACAUCCACGAGCGCGAGAUCUCAACCCACCUCGGCACCCCCGUGUCCUUCAUCCCCCACGUCGCGCAAUGGUUCCAAGGCAUCACGCUGACGAUCUCGGUCCCUCUCUCCCAGCGCCUGACCGCGCGCGACAUCAAGACUCUGUACGAGGAAAAAUACGCGGGCGAGCGGCUGAUUUCCGUGUCGAGCGAGAUCCCGCUGGUCAAAGAGAUCUCGGGCAAGCACGGCGUCGCGGUGGGCGGGUUUGGCGUGCACUCUGCGCAGCCGCGCGCGGUGGUGGUCGCGACGAUUGAUAACUUGCUAAAAGGCGCGGCGACGCAGUGUUUGCAGAAUAUUAACCUGACGCUGGGGUAUGAUGAGUUUACGGGGAUUCCCUUGUAGUCUUCUACAGUAAACUAAAAAGAGAAAGGAAGAGAGAGAGAGAGAAGGGCGUUUAUGGGUCAGGGUAUGAAUAUACAAUAGAAACCGAGAGAGAAGAGGAAGAGUAGUUGUUUGACAUAGUUUGUAAUCUUCAAAAGCGUUGCGUUUGUUAGUUUUGUUUUGCAUAGUUGUUGAUAUACAUAUAUACCACAUACAUACACGACUAUAGA